AUGAGAUCAAUAAGCCUACAAUGGAACGUCUACUUACUACUAGUACUCACUAACAUCGUUGGAUUUGUGCUAUUUCUAUGUGGGUUCUUUCCUUCUAAAGUUGUUUUACCCGGUACCAAUACGUUUCUUCAACAAGAUUUAAACCACCAGUCGCCGUUCCUAGAUACCAAAAGCAAGCCACAAUUUGAAAAGUUGAUCUUAAUGGUGGUUGACGCAAUGCGUGCGGAUUUCUGUUUCAGCGAGGAGUCAAACUUCCAGUACUUGCAUCAACUCAUCAACGACGGACAUGCAAUUCCACUCACCACAUUUUCAAACCCGCCAACCGUAACCCUACCUAGACUCAAGGGGAUCACAACUGGGGGAACUCCCAGCUUUCUUGAUGCUAUAUUGAAUGUUGCCGACGAUUACGAUGAUUCUCAAGGAUUACAUGCCCAAGAUUCUUGGGUUCAUCAAUUUAAGCAACUCAACAAGAGCAUCCACUUUUUUGGUGAUGACACUUGGUUGAAAUUGUUUCCUACUGAAUUUGGUGAGUUUGAAGGGACAAAUUCGUUCUUUGUGAGUGAUUUCACUGAAGUUGACAAUAAUGUCACUCGUCAUUUGGAUCAUCAACUUCUGUCGAACCUGAACUGGGAUGCAUUGAUUUUGCAUUAUCUUGGAUUGGACCACAUUGGACAUAAGGGUGGUCCACAUUCAACGUUUAUGAAGCCAAAACAACAAGAAAUGGAUCUGAUUUUGAAAAGACUAUACAAACACACUCAACAGAAUCAAGAUACAUUGAUUGUGCUUAUGGGAGACCACGGAAUGAAUGAGGUGGGCAACCACGGUGGCUCUUCAGCUGGAGAAACAUCAGCUGCUAUGGCAUUUAUAUCUCCGAAAUUUAAGGUCUCAAAUGCUAAAGCUCCCCUUCCACUGUCAACGGAUUACUCAUAUUACGAUAAGAUUUUCCAAAUUGAUCUUGUUCCUACGUUAUCUAGUCUUUUCAGCUUUCCCAUUCCCAAGAACUCACUAGGUGUAAUAGCCAGAAGGAUUCUCAAUCUCUGGCCAGAGCACCAAAGGAGACAGAUUAUUCUUGAAAAUUGUUUCCAAGUGAUGAGUUUAUACGAGGCAAAAAAUGGACCAACUGGUAGUAUUUGGAAUACAUGGGAGGAUUUACAAAGAGGCGAGCGUCCAAUAGAUGACUACUACACAUUCCUAGAGGAAGUUCAACUGGAAUUGGCGUCAUCGGCAACCAACUAUAACUACACAUACAUUUACAUUGGAACAGGGCUAAUUUCUUUAGCAGCAUUGAUCACAAUUGCUGUUUUCAACUUGUAUUUUUUUUCAGUUAAACAGAUCGCCACAUACGUCAUUAUCUCAUUUGAAUUAUUUGUUGGCAUUUACUCAAUUCAUUUCCACGGUUCUUCAUUAAUUGAAGAAGAACAUCAAAUUUGGUACUUUGCCACCUCAAUAGCCAUACUUGCAUUUGGAACAUACUAUUUCAAAGUAUUUGAGUCAAGGUCCAAAUUCCAAUGGUUUUUGAUGUUACUUGUAUCUACAAGAGUACUAAAAGGUUGGAACAAUAGUGGACAAAAAUGGUUUUCUGAAGGAACUGCAGCAAAUUAUUUGUUCAACCACAAUCAGACCUUGCUUUGGGUACUUAUUACCUUAACGUACGCUGCACUUGGAGUUGCCAUCACCACGCAAGGGAAUCCAAACUGGUUCUUGAAUGCGUUGAAAACUAAAAAAGUUCCAAAUAUAUCGAUAGAUUCGGCAAUAGUCAACAUUUGCGUGAUUAUGGCAAUAUUUGUAUCGUUUCUGUUCAAGCUUGUGCUGUAUUACAUUGAUGGAAAUGUUCCUCCAGGUGUUUUCGAUCUACUCUUGUGGUUGGUUUUGGAGAACCACAAUGUCGAUUUGGCUACGUUGGAUAUCGAAGAUAUCGACGUCAAAUUUAAACUACAAAACAUAAGCAUUCAAUUGGCUAAAUACACUACCAUAUCAACAGUUGGGGCGAUUGUUUUAAUCUUGAUUAGUCGUCGUCUUCAAAAAAGAUAUAGUGGGACCAUCACCGACAUCUCCAAUAUAAUCACCUUGUACUUGAUCAAUCAAACUAGACAUGCAAACAUACCCGUAUACUUGGUGCUUUUCGUGGCCAAAUUUACACUCGCAAAGUUGAUACACCUGACAUCAACAAAUGUAAAAAAAUUCAUCAUUGAUAAUCACAUCAUAUCCACAACAUUCCUAUGCUUAUGCUUGCAAAAUCUAACAUUUUUCUCAAUGGGGAACACCAACUCUUUAGCCACAGUUGACUUAUCAAACGCAUACAAUGGAGUUCAAAACUAUGAUGUUCUCGUGGUGGGUGUGCUUACAUUUAUAUCCAAUUUUGCUGGUCCAAUAUACUGGUCCUUAGCAUCGUUACAGUUGAUUUACGAACCUGGGGUGAGUAGCUUCAGUGGUGCUUCACCUACAGACCUCACUUCGUAUCCACGACUCAAGUAUCGUGUCUUGUUGACAAAGUCCUAUUUGACUUUGUUGUUGUACACUGUUUCAGCUGCAAAUCUAGUUGCAUCGUGCAUCAAUUUACGAUUCCAUUUAUUUGUGUGGACGGUAUUUUCACCAAAGUUGUUGUAUUUCGCAAGUUGGUUGAUUUUAAUUAAUGUAUUAGUUGACUUGGUGAGUGCUGGUUUUUUGAUAUCCUUGUAG